UUUUUUUAGUAUAAGAGAAAAAGAAUCCUUAGAAAAAGGAGAGUGGGAUAAAAAUAAAGCUCAGAGCAAGGGCAAAAAAAAUAAGAAACUAUCUAAUAAUAACCAGAAAGAGGAAAAUUAUAGCAUAGUGCAAGAAGUGAAGAAGAAGAAGAAGUAAGUGCCCAACUGAGGAAAGGUCGUUAUUGAAGCUGCCUUUUAGCUUAUUUUUAGUUUACAAGUCCCUCUCUUUGAAGGUCAAAAAACCUUUUUUUUCUUUUUUCACAAGAAAAAAAAAAGUUAAUGUGGCAGACUGUAGAAGAAGUAUUAGUAUAGUAUCAGUAAGAAGCUCAGAAGCAGCAGCAAGAAGAAGAAGAGAGAAAGAAGACUCAGUAGCUGUUCUGCCAACUGUUUCACCAGUCAGUAAUUAGAGCAAUAUAGACCUAAAGUCCAAUUUUUCUAUAGAUCUUCUUCUGAAAAAGAAUUUCAGACAAGACCCCACUUCUUUGCUUCUCUCAUUAAAACAGACAGACAGAAAAUUGCUCUGAAAAUAACAAUUUCUUCAAGAUUUGUUCUUCUUCUUCUUGUUGGUAAAGAAGAGAAACAUAUUGCAAUAUUUAGUGGAAGAAAUCUGUUAAAAGUUGUCUGCAGCUGUGGCUACUGCUAGGAGACUGUUGCAGGCUUCAGAUUCUGGAGCUUUUGCAGACUGGGUAGCUAAUUCUUCUAAUACAUCAGCUGCUGCUGCUAUUGGGGACCUCUCAUUAGGUUUCAACGCUGGUACCACCAUCGGCGGUGGUGGUGGAAAUGGAACUACUCCCGGUGGAGGAGAAGGAGGCCAUAUGUGGUCUGCAUCGUCGUCUCGACAGAUGCAGAUCAACUAUGGCCUCCAACCAGAAAUGGGUAUGUUUGUUGUACAUCCAGCAUCCUUCCAACACCAUCACCAACAACAAGAAAAUACCAUCAAUUUUGACCCACAUCAUCAUCAUCAUCAUCAGUCAAUGAAUGGUAAUAAUUCCAAUCUCUCUAAUACAUGUACCACCAACACUUCUCUUGGCGUUGGUGUUGGUGUUAUCCCACUCCUCACAGCCACCCCUUUAACAAACAUGGUUAGCUUUGAUGAUCAAGAUUUGGUUAGUAGAAAUAGUAGAGGAGGAAAUGAUGGGUUUCAAUUCUUUUCAAAUCAAAAUUCUACUAGUAAUUAUACGAAAAAUAGUACUAGUAACAAUAUUGUUGGUGGUGGUGGUGGAGGUUCAGUUUCAUCAACUACUUGUCAAGAUUGUGGAAACCAAGCAAAGAAAGAUUGUACACAUAGGAGAUGUAGAACUUGUUGUAAGAGUAGAGGUUAUGAUUGUAGCACUCAUGUAAAAAGCACUUGGGUACCAGCUUCAAGAAGGCGUGAGAGACAACUAAUGGGUGCAACAACAACAACAACAAAUGUUAAUGUUGUAGCUGCUGGAUCUUCUUCUCAAUCUACUUCAAGUGCUAAGAAACCUAGACUUGUCAAUUCUCACACUACUACAACAGCUUCACAUACUUCUACUUCAAAUAAUACUCCUCCAAGAAGUUUUGACACUAGCUCUAGUCAUCAAGAUGCAAGUUUUAAAGGGUCAUUGCCAGGACAAGUGAGGGCACCAGCUGUAUUCAAGUGUGUAAGAGUGACUUCAGUAGAUGAAGGAGAAGAUGAAUAUGCAUAUCAAGCUGUUGUGAGAAUUGGUGGACAUGUUUUCAAAGGUUUCCUUUAUGAUCAAGGUCUUGAUGAACCAAAAUAUAAUAAUAAUAAUAAUAAUAAUAAUAAUAAUAAUAAUAAUUUCCCAAAUUUAUCUGACUUGCAUUUGGGUGGUGCUGCUAAUGAACAUAAUUCUCAUCUUUAUGCUGCUUCUACUGGUGGAGGAGGGUUACUUGGAGGAUCUAAUUAUGGUAACCAAAUUAAUUGAUUAUUAUUAUUAUUAUUAUUAUAUUCAUUCCUCUUUAAUUUAGUUGAGGAAAUGAUCAUCAUGAGUACUAUUUGUAACUUAAUCUUUAAUUUCUUUCUUCCAUCAAAUUAUAAAAAUGACAUUAGAUAUAUUUUCUUACAUGUA